AUGACGUUUUCCUACUCGUUACAAAUUUCCCAUGCCAAGUUUUUCAGUUUCAGCCGCUUGUUGGUUAUUUGGCGGGCCAGCAUAUACAAAUUGAUAUGGCCGGAACUUCUCGUCUUUUUGUCUGUUUACUACGCACUGGCGAUGAUAUAUCGCCUCGGCCUCACGGAGGAGUACCAGAAAGAAAUAUUUGAAAGCGUAUGCGUGUAUGCAGCACAGGGCCUGAAAGUGAUUCCCCUCAGUUUUCUGCUUGGUUUCUAUGUCUCACUCGUAGUUGGACGAUGGUGGAACAUGUACAAAAUACUGACUUGGAUCGAUGAAUUUGCAUUAGUGGUAUCCAGCCAGGUACACGGGACAGAUAACACCACGCGGAUGGCAAGACGUGCAUUUGUGCGAUGGUAUAAUCUGAUGUCUGUACUUGUCUACCGUGCUGUGUCUGUACCAGUUUUAAAAAGAUUUCCUACUAUGAAACAUAUUCGAAAUGCAGGCUUAUUGACCGACGGUGAACUAAAGAUAUAUGAAUCUGUUCCAUCUCCACACACCAAAUUCUGGUUGCCAUGCAUUUGGGCUAUGAACCUAGCAACAACACUCAGAGAUAAUAAGACAGUAACAAAAGAUUUGUCCCAUAGAUACAUAAUGGAGAGAUUUCAAGUACACAGACAGUUUUGUCAAGAUAUAUUGUCUUAUGAUUGGGUGAGCAUACCGUUGGUAUAUACACAGGUAGUUACCAUAGCAUGUUAUACCUAUUUUUUAUGCAGUGUACUUGGAAGACAAUAUCUGGAUCCAACAAGAGGCUAUGAUAGUCAUGUAAUCGAUAAAUAUUUUCCCGUUCUCGUUGUCUUGGAAUUCUUCUUUUAUUUUGGAUGGAUGAAGGUGGCACAAGCCAUUAUUAAUCCAUAUGGUGGCGAUGAUGAUGACUUUGAACUGAAUUAUAUCAUUGACAGAAAUGUACAGGUUGGUUUCAUUUUGGUUGAUCAGCUACAUGCACAAAUACCGAAUCUAGAGAAAGAUCCAUACUGGGAUGACACAUAUGCGGAUCUUCCAUACACAAAAUCAACAAUGCAUUUAAGAAGAAGAAGACCUUGGAAUGGAUCUACAGAUAAAGUGAAAGUAAAUACCAAAGACAAACUUGUGGACAGUGCGACAAAUGAAAUACCAGGUCAAGAUUCGGUAUAUCGUGCAAAUGACAUUUUAUACACCCCAAAUAAAGAUGGAGAAAGUUUCCCAAUGAUGCAGACACAAAAAUGCCGUGAAACACAUAGUCUAUAAUGACUGUGUACAAUUUCAAGAACUACUAAAUUAGCAAAUAGUUCAUAAGAUUUA